AUGGAUCGGGCAUUAGCAAAACUUAAUCUAUUCUAUUAUGUUAUUAAUUAUAUUGAAAAAGAAUUGGGAAUAAGUAGUUUAACUUGGAUUAUAAAUUUUCCUUCUGAUGUUGGAAAUUUAAUUAAUGAAAAAUUUCCAUUUAAAUCAUAUUUAAAUUAUUUAAAUGAUAUUAAAGAAGAUGAUAAUUCUUCAUUAUAUUAUCCACUUUGGACAAGAUCAAAAGUAGAUUUGACAACAAUGAAAUUUAUGAUGAAAUGGAAAUUAUCAUGA